ACAGCCGAGUAUUUAUGCACACAUCACCGAUAUCGAUGACCUGUUGUGUUGAUGAUCUGGCUGCUAUCAAGUAGAAAAAACUGGAACGAAUCCGUCGAGAAAUCUAAUCUAUCAUUUGCAGCUUUGACGUCUCUCAGCUCACGGUUUAAUCAGAUCAUUCCGUCAUCCAUGCAUCCAUGACACUUGCGCCGCCCACCAACCUGACUAAUCCUUUGCUCCACACUACGCUAAGGCUCCGUACGAGCACGGAUAUUCCAUCGCUGCGUCCACACCGUCCACCCCCUCUCAGGUAUUCAUCGCGACUAAACAUUGGCUGUAGUAUGGAUUAUUGGACUCAUGCCCCUUAAAUCGAAGACACGGCCCGUCAGACGAACAAGAGUGUCGCCCAUCCGUCAAACGCCCCUGGAAGGUGUGCCCGAAAUGGGACUGGCGCUUUGUCGGCGAGCCUCCUGGUUCUGGGCCGGACUGGGGGUAAUCCUCUUUCUGGCCUUGUCCACGCCUUAUAAAUGGGUUCAGGCCGACAAUCACGACCUUGAGGGUCAAAUAUUGGACAAGAAUCUGAAAGAGCUGUUUCAACUGGGGAAUGGACUGAUGCCUGGGAGAAACACCAACCAAAGUCCCACUGCCACAUUGAAAGCGGGUUCAUCCGAGGCCUUAACGAAUAAGAAGUCCCCCCUGGAUGAUGCUGAUGAGAGCAAAGAGGAAAACAAUCUGUUGGAUGAUGGUGAUUCGGACGAUACCAUGACGGAAGAGGAGAAACAUGCGGCCAAUGAGACCAAUGCGGCCGAAAAUGCGGCAUUCUUGCCGGAAGAAGGCUCAGCAGAAAAGGAACACUCCAACUCUUUGGCCAUUUUUUUCGUGCUCUCCGUGAUGAUCUUGUGCAUUUUCUUGAUUCAUUUGAUCCUUCAAAUCAAGUGUCACUACCUACCCGAAAGUGUGGCCAUUGUGUUCUUGGGCGCUAGCAUCGGAUUAUUCAUGCGAUUGCUCCCCACCGAGGAUGUCAAGAGUGUGGAGUCAUUUUCGCCCACCAUGUUCUUCCUCGUCCUAUUGCCACCCAUCAUAUUUGAGUCCGGGUACAACUUGCACAAAGGCAAUUUCUUCACCAAUAUCGGCAGCAUUCUGUUAUUUGCCAUUCCUGGUACCAUCAUCUCGGCCUUGAUCGUCGGGGGUGGGAUCUUUCUUCUGGGCCUAGCCGAGGUGGUCUAUCCAUUGAAUUUUGUCCAGAGCUUUGCCUUUGGAUCGCUGAUAUCUGCCGUGGAUCCCGUGGCCACUGUAGCCAUUUUCCAGGCUUUAGACGUUGAUCCAGUCCUAAACAUGUUGGUGUUUGGCGAUUCUAUCCUCAAUGAUGCUGUAGCCAUUGUACUCACAACCACCGUUCUUGAAUCGGAUUUACCGGAAAUGGCUGCUUACGGAACCAUGGGUCAAGUUUGGCAUGGGUGCACUCGAUUUUUCGUCAUUUUCUUGGGAUCAGCCGGGAUUGGAACUUUAGUGGCCUUGAUUAGUGCCUUAACUUUAAAGCACGUGGACCUGUACACCAACCCGUCCUUGGAAUUUGCCUUGAUGUUGUGCUUUGUGUAUCUGCCCUACGCGUUGGCCGAGGGCAUUCAUCUGUCGGGUAUCAUGUCCAUUCUAUUCAGUGGCAUCGUAAUGAGUCAAUACACCCAUUUCAACUUGUCCCCCGUCACUCAAAUCACGAUGCAACAAACAAUGCGAACCACGUCCUUCAUCUGCGAGUCCUGCGUGUUUGCAUACUUGGGAUUGGCCAUCUUUAGCUUCCCAUUGCGACUGGAACCCGCCCUCAUCAUUUGGAGCAUCAUUUUUAUUCUCUUAGGUCGUGCAUUGAACAUUUUCCCUUUAGCCGCUUUGUGCAACAAAUUUCGAGUGCAUCAAAUUUCAAAGAAAAUGAUGCUCAUUAUGUGGUUCUCGGGUCUUCGAGGUGCCAUUGCGUACGCUCUAUGUCUCCAUUUAGAGUUCAGUGAUGAAGUUCGCAAAGUUCUGGUGACGACAACCCUUGUAGUGGUGCUUUUCACGACUAUUGGUUUAGGGGGAAGCACAAUGCCCUUGCUCAAGUUCUUGGAAACGAAACAACCUCGGCGAAAUCGGCGUGGUCGAAAGAAGGAGAUCACUUUAUCUAAAACCAAAGAAAUGGGAGCCACCAUUGAUUCCGAGCACUUGUCAGAACUCACUGAGGAAGAGGUUGAGACAGCAUCGGUAUUCAACUUGGGUAGUCGCCGCGUUCAAGGCUUUCUCUAUUACGAUGUGAAAUACAUUCGGCCUUUUCUCAUCCGGCGAUUUACCCAGAGAGAGAUCAAGGAAGGGAGAGGACACGUGACUCAACUGACCAACAAGUGGAUGCAAGACAUGCAAGGCUCGCCGUUGAUGAUGUCGGAAUCCGAAGAAGAGUUUAACCAAGAACACGAUUGACUAGUCCAGGGUUAGGACAAUUGAGGAGGUGGACCCACUCGAAUUGCCGAUGCCCCAUUUAUACACCUGUGAUCUAUGCUGGACACCUGUUGUUAUUCUUUUGUAAUGUUCAUGCAGAGUUGGUUAUUGUUUUACUUUUUAUUGAAAUGCAACUAGCAAUUAAUUAUGAA